UCAUCUUGCUCGCAUCAAAUCUCUUGAAAGAUAUCUCUCCUCUCAGGGGUAUACCAACCUUCCACCAUCCUAUCCCUGACCAUCUCUCAAAAACCAACCAUACAUGCCUAAGCCCUCACCACUUCUCCGGACACAUCCAUGUCCGAAUCUCGUCGCGCCAGUCAGAUCAGCCAAAGCUCCCUCAUCAGCUACCGCAGCGUAGCAUCCAGCCCCAGUCCUGAAAAUGUCGAGUCGCCAGGACGACAGAACUCCCCGCAGACUCCACCGGAGGACUCAUCCCGCCCGCAAUCGCCGCCCGUUCAUCGUGUGCAUUUCGGCUCUGAUAUGAGGUUCGAGUAUGGCGAUACGGAGAGUACGGAAGAUGCAGAAGACACUGAAGAUGCAGAGGAGAGGGAUUAUGAGGAAGAAGAGGAGGAUGACGAAGGAGAGCCUGGCCCGGCGGUGGUAGAGGAUGCUGAAACUAGCCCUGGAACCCUGCUGGAGGGCCACGGGCACAGUCAAAUUCGAUCCCGUCAUAGAUCGUCUUCUACGCAGGGCUCUGGGUCAGUGGAUAUCACAGAGGCGAGUGGACGCCCUGGGAAUGCGAGUCAGCGCUCGCUCAGUUGGCAUACUGAAUUGCCCAAACGUGAGGGGUCUGGAGACAAGGGUCCCGGGCGGAGAGCUUCGCUCUUGGCAAGGGUAAAUGAUAUCAGACAUUCGGUGGUAGAUCGCACCAGACGGAUCGCGGCGAAGCUGGGACGGCCACCAGGAGAUGAUGAGGAUGGGAUGGUGAAGUCGACGACGGCGUUGGUCGGGUCGGAGACGCCGCGGUCGGAGACGCCUUCACAGGGCCUCAUGAAUGGAAGGAAGGAAGAUGAGAAGAAGAAGGAGGUCUAUGGACCGGAUAGACAUGGAGACGAAACAAAUGAUCACAAAAAUGGCAAUGGGCGUCCUCGGGGUCAUCGUCGAAAUCAGAGCUCAACCAGCUCCGAGGCACAUCGGUUGGUGCGCGAGAUGACAAACGAGCAGGCUCAGCGACAUACCGCGCAUCAUCGCGGUCACCCUCACAACCGACCUGAAGAACCUGAUCCGCUGGCAUUUCCCGGUGGAGGGGGUAUUCUAUCGCAUUUGCUUCGGCUGAAUGCAGCUGCGAAUGCACCGGAUACUCGACACAGUCUUUCAUCGACCGAACCAAACACUCCCGGGUUAUUACCGAGUAGCAAUCUGGGAACAGGGGCGACGACUCCACGGAAGGAAAAGCGGAAAUGGUAUCACAAGCAACAUCAGAAUACGUCCACUCCGACCCUCAUAGCCAUGGGUAACAGCACUAUCCCUUCCAUGAAUGUUAGCGGCGCCAGCACACCUGUAUCUAGCGAGGUCUUGACGGCCGCGUCUAAACGGCGCAGUAAGCAUUCCAGCGGUGCGAUGCGUCUGGAGGAUGAGAUCCAGGUGACAUUGCAGAUUGCGCAGAUCAUCGCGCGCCAGCGAUACAUCAUGCAGCUUUGCAAGGCAUUGAUGCGGUUCGGGGCGCCUACCCACCGACUCGAAGAGUACAUGCAUAUGACGGCCAAGGCGCUCGAUGUUGAGAGUCAGUAUCUAUAUGUCCCUGGAUGCAUGAUCAUGUCUUUCGACGACGCAGCAACCCGAACUGCUGAAGUGAAGCUCGUCCGGGUCGUGCAAGGAGUCGAUCUCGGGCGACUAGCCGACACGCACAACGUCUAUAAGAACGUGGUGCAUGACGUGUAUGGCAUUGAGGAGGCAAUUCACGAGCUGGAGGAGAUCAUGAACAAGAGUCCUCGGUUCAAUAAAUGGGUCAUCGUCUUGGUAUACGGUCUCGCCACCGCCAUGGUCGGUCCAUUUGCAUUCAACGCCCGCCCCAUCGACAUGCCAGUCAUCUUCUUCAACGGAUGCCUGUUAGGAGUCAUGCAGCACGUUAUUGCGCCGCGCUCGGUUCUUUACUCCAACGUCUUCGAGGUAUCAGCCUCUGUCCUGACCUCGUUCAUUGCCCGCGCCCUCGGCAGCAUUGUCACUUCCUGGCCCAACGGCACUCCCGAUCGGCUCUUCUGCUUCUCCGCCAUCGCCCAAUCCUCCAUCGCCCUGAUCCUCCCCGGAUACACCGUUCUCUGCAGUAGUCUGGAACUACAAAGCCAGCAGAUUGUGGCCGGAUCCAUUCGCAUGGUCUACGCCAUCAUCUACUCCCUCUUCCUCGGCUUCGGCAUCACCGUCGGCACAACGAUCUACGGACUCAUCGACCCCUCGGCCACCUCGAACACGGCGUGCCCAACCGCCGGUGCCUUCCCGGACCCCUACCUCCAACGCUUUCCUUUCGUCGCCGCCUUCUCCCUUUGUCUGAUGAUCGUGAACCAAGGGAAAUGGAAGCAAUCUCCUGUCAUGGUUAUUAUCGCUCUAGCAGGCUACAUCACCAAUUACUUCGUCACGAGACGUCUCGGCACGACAUCCCAAGUCGCCAAUACCGUCGGCGCAUUCACCAUCGGCGUCAUUGGUAACCUGUACAGUCGGCUCUGGCAUGGCCAUGCGGCUGCAGCCAUCCUGCCAGGCAUCUUCGUCCUCGUGCCGAGCGGGCUGGCGGCAACGGGGUCGCUGGUCACGGGCGUGGAGACGGCGGAUGAAACGAGGUCGAAUGCCACGUCGCAUGGCAGUGGGAGUCAGCAGGGACAGGGAACUGGCCCGACGCAUGAUAUGUCGGUGCAGAUAUUGGGGUAUGGCAUGGUGCAGGUGGCGAUUGGAAUCACGGUGGGGUUGUUUGUGGCGGCGUUGGUGGUUUAUCCGUUGGGGAAGAGAAGGUCGGGGUUAUUUAGUUUCUAG